AUGUUUGCGGGACGCUUCUCCUCCGUCGAUCUCCCCCACACCGAAGCUGCGACCUCUGAGCGGGUCACAUCACAUAUCAGAUCCCGGGCCGUCGAUAACACCACAAAACACCCUCCCUCUCGUCCACGACAACGGAUCAGAUUGGACGCUUCCGGAUCACGGCGCCCCUCACCCGCCUCAAAAAUCUAUCGGACGAUCCGCGGUGUUGUGCAGAACACGGAGUCGACAGCUGCGGCCGACCCCCGUGAGGUCUUAAUGUGCAUGACCAACACCGACUGA